CGGUCUUUGGGAGCUACAGUGUAAUUUGUCCCUGACAAACGCAAGUAGUGUACCAGUCAGAUUAGGAGCUCUGCAGUUCUCGAUGACUCUUUCGAAUUUUAUUCAACGUUUCAGUCUUGUAGGGCGAUGCGCUGCCUUUAAAAGAUGAAAAUUUUGUUCUGAAGUCUUAGGGACCCAGAAGAAAGUUCUUCUUUUCAGAACUGUGGAGCUGUUUGUUACUCAGAACAUGAAAGGCUCUGAGGUUAGUCCGGAAAAGAAAAAAAGGCUUAAAAUGCCAGCGAGGAGACUUCAAGAGGUCGUUUCUCCAAAUCAGGGAAAUAAUUUGGCUUUCCUAAACAGUGAGUUGCCGUGUAUUCCUCCAGCGUUGCCUGCAAAUAAACGUCUUCCAGUUCGAAUGGGGACGCCUGUCAAUGGAACGUUACCUGGUUCAUCAGACUUACCUUCUGCUAGAAAUUACCAGCCUCUGUUAGAAAAUCCCACUGCAUCUGAAAGUGAUUUUUCUAAAGAUGUUACAAUGCAGGAGUUACCUUUGGAUAAAGCAGAAGAUAGCAGCAGAAAAGAAGCAGAUGACAUCUUUAUUUCUCAGUACACUGUGGGACAGAAAGAUGCUCUAAGAAUGGCUUUAAAACAAAAAGCUCAAAGCAUGCCUGUUUUUAAGGAAGUAAAGGUACAUCUUUUAGAAGAUGCAGGCACAGAGAAGGGUGCGGUGCUUCAGGAGGCCAGAGUUUCACCCAGUGGAAUUGAUUCCGCAACCUCUGUGGCUGCAGCAACUGCUGCGGCCAUUGCAACAGCAGCUCCACUGAUAAAGGUACAGAGUGAUUUGGAAGCAAAAGUUAAUUCUGUUACAGAAUUGCUUAAUAAAUUACAGGAGACUGAUAAACACUUAAAACGUGUUGCAGAGCAGCAAACAAGCAUUCAGAAUAAACAAGAGAAACUACACUGUCAUGACCAUGAAAAGCAAAUGAAUGUGUUCAUGGAGCAGCACAUUAGGCACCUUGAAAAAUUACAACAACAGCAAAUAGAUAUCCAGACUCAUUUUAUUAGUGCUGCACUCAAGACCAGUACUUGUCCACCCGCCAGCAUGCUCCCCUCCAGAGCAGUGGAAAAGCAUUCCAUAAAACCAGAACAUCUUCAUCUUGGUAACAGUGUGCUGUCUUCACAUAACACAAUUGCUUCUAAACAAGCAACUUUAAGAAAGAUUGAAGAUAUGGAGUUUGAUGAGCUGAAAUCUCCUUUGGAGACACCAGCUCCUCGUAGGUUUGCUCCUGUACCUGUUUCGAGGGAUGGCAAAAUAUCAAAGAGGGAGAAUCUAAUAGAAGAAAAAGAAAAUAUGGAAAAAUCAGAUCAUGGAGGAAAUGUGAGACUAUUAGAGCAGAUUUUAAAUAAUAAUGAUUUUUCCACAAGAAAAAGUGAAUCAUCAAAUAUAACUUCACUAAGUAGGUCAAAAAUUGGAUGGAAUCCUGAGAGAAAAGACAGCUUUGAAACUCUAUCUUCUCGAAGAUUUCCUUCUUCUGAAGAGCUACGAAUGGCUAAAGUGACCAUGCAGAAUCCUAAUGAUGUUCUUCAUGAUCUUGGCAAAAAGGAGAAAGAAACAAAUGGCACCCUCCAGAAUUCUGGUAAACUUCAACCAACCAAUACAGUGAGAUCUGUAUUGAAAGAUGCUGAGAAAAUUUUGAGAGGAGUACAGAACAAUAAAAAAGUACUUGAAGAAAACCUGGAAGCUAUUAUUCGAGCAAAGGAUGGAGCUGCUAUGUAUUCGUUUAUCAAUGCUUUGUCUACCAAUAGAGAGAUGUCAGAGAAAAUUAGGAUCAGAAAGACAGUAGAUGAAUGGAUUAAAGCUAUUUCUACAGAAAUUCAGGAUGAAAUGGCAAGAAAAGAUUAUGAACAAAGGAGAUUUGAUCAGAAGAAUCAAAGGACCAAGAAAGCCCAGAAUAUAAGUAAAGAUAUUAAAGCUAACACACAAGACAAAACUGUAAAUAAAUCUGUAAUUCCAAGAAAACCUCAAAAACAAGUGGAGGAUUAUCUUAGACGUCUACCUAUAAGGAACAUGGCUACUUCCAGUGUACAGAAAGAGAGAAAAGGGCUUUUGAAAUCACCCACAGUGAUACAAGAUGAGGAUUACAUGUCCCAAGUAUAUGGAAAACCAGUUUAUCAGGGCCAUCGCAGCACUCUUAAAAGAGGACCGUACCUCAGGUUUAAUUCUACAUCUCUUAAUUCCAAACCACAGAGACCAAAAAUAAUAGAACAAGUUAAAGGCACUAAAGUAAAGUCCAUAAGAACACAAACUGACUUUCAUGGAAUAAAACCUAUGAAGAUAGACUCUAGAAUGCAAUAUCCUGUUACUGCGUUACCUCGUGGCGAGCAGCAGUAUCUGUUCAGCCCAAGUAGAGAAAUGCCUACAUUUUCCGGUACUCUGGAAGGUCAUCUAAUUCCUAUGGCAAUUCUUUUAGGACAAACACAAAGUAAUAGUGAUUCUGUACUGCCUGCUGGAGUCAUUGUACACAAGCCACACCCUGUAACCGUGACCACUUCUAUUCCUCCAUCAUCUGGAAAAGUAGAGACUGGAGUAAAGAAACCUAAUGUAGCAGUUGUAGAAAUGAAGUCAGAGCAAAAGGAUCCUCCUCGGCUUACUGUACAGGUGUUACCCAGAGUGGACAUUGACAGCAUUUCAAACGACAGCGCCGACGGGGGCUCACCUCUGCCCAGUCCCAGAGGAGCACGUCGGUCUCCGCCGCGGAUGUGCACACAGACUCCAGAAUUUAUGAAUGUGGAUGAAGAAGAGGUGAAGUUUCCUGGAACUAACUUUGAUGAAGUAAUCGAUGUUGUUCAGGAAGAGGAGAAGUGUGAUGAAAUUCCAGAAUGCUCUGAACCAAUUCUGGAGUUUAACAGAAGUAUUAAAGUUGCUUCUACAAAAUAUAAUGGCCCUCCAUUUCCACCAGUUGUUUGUACUUCUCAGCCCACUACUGAUAUUCUGGAUAAAGUAAUUGAGAGAAAAGAAACAUUAGAAAAUAACUUAAUUCAGUGGGUGGAACAAGAAAUAAUGUCAAGAAUUAUCUCUGGGCGCUUUCCAGUCCCCCAACAGACCAGACUUACUACCAGUGUCUCCGUCAGUGAGGCCAGUGAGCCAUCCACUCCUGAUCUCGUGGAAGGAACAUGUGGCGGUGCCCUGCAGCUUUUUGUUGAUGCGGGGGUUCCUGUGAAUUCAGACACGAUUAGGCAUUUGGUAAAUGAAGCUCUUGCUGAGACCAUUGCUGGCAUGCUGGGCGACAGAGAAUCGAAGAAACAAGGUCAUGGUGCUACGAGUGUUUCUGGUGAUAUCUCAACAAGUGAAACACCCUUGCUGGCAAGAAUAUGUACUCCAGUUGCUACCCCCCAGCCUACUCCUCCUCACUCACCUGCAUCACCUCCUAAGGAGUAUGUGUUAGUGAAGACUCCUGAUUCUUCUCCCUGUGGUUCAUAUCAUGAUGUUGCUUUUCCUGUGAAAGAAAUCUCUGCUGAAAAAGAGAAAUCUUCAGAAAAUGAUGUGCCUGCCAUCACACUCAUUAAUACUCCCACGGUUACCCCUGCUACUACACCUCCUCUAGCAGCAGCUCUUACCCCAACUUUGUCAGAAAUUUCCAUUGAUAAAUUGAAGAUAUCGAGCCCAGAGCUUCCCACACCAUGGGGGGAUAGAGACCUGCCACUAGAUGAAGAGAAUCCUUACUGUCUUCAAGAAGAUUUUCACCCAAGAGCAAUUGUAAUGUCUGUGGCUGAGGAUGAAGAACCUGAGAGUAUGAACUUCCUGCCUCCACCUGCUCCUACAGAACCAGUUCCUCCUACACCGUUCCCUGCAGGCACCAAGGCCCCUUCCUCCUCUCAGAUGCCAAGCUCCAGCUCAUCCACCCUGGAGAGCACUUUGAGUGUCACUGUCACUGACAUGGAGAGUCUGGACAGGCCCAUCUCUGAAGGGGAGAUUGUGUUUAAUUGCGGUGAAAGACUGGCUCCCAGGAUUUUAGGAGGUGGAGAGCUUUAUCUGACAAACCUAAACGAUAGCUUAUCCAGCACUUUGCAUGAUGCCCUUGACAUGGAAGAUGAUUCUCCCAGUGAAGGACAAGUGAUUAGGAUACCCCAUAAAAAAUUUCAUGCAGAUUCAAUUCUUCCUCUUCUUGCUAGACAGAACCAGGAAUUACUAGUUUCACAGCAGGCAGUCUGUUGCUCAGAGGACUUGGAAAACAGUGUGGGUGAACUUAGUGAAGGACAGAGGCCCAGGCUGACAGCAGCAGCAGAGAACAUCUUACUGGGACAGUCUCUCUAUAUGCAGCAGUGCGUUGCUAAUGCAGAGUCUAUGGGUCAGCAAUGCCAUCCUAAGCCAUUGUUCCAGCAAUUUGACACAGUUUCAGGUGGUAUUCAUGAAGAUCCCUGUGCUAGUCAUGGCCCAAUGAGUUUGGGGGAGUUGGAGUUGCAGCCACGUUCCAACGUCGUUCUUCCCACAGCACUUCUGAGAACACAAGGAAGUGAUGUUUAUUUACCAGAAGCAGCUGAAGAUUUUUCUCAGAACCAACAAAAGCAAGACCAGGAUGUUAAGCAAGUUGAACACAAGCCAGUACAAAGUCAUUUAAUACGUGUACGAAAUAUAUCUGAUAUUUUGCUUUCACAACAGCAACAAGCUUCACCAGGUAAUAUGGAUCAGACACAAAUUGAGCCCAGCCUGUGCCUUGCAUCUGUAUUUACAGGUGGUGUGGCAGUGCCGAACUUCACUUCUCAGAGGUCCCCUGCCAGGAUGUCUGUGACGCUGCCUGCAGUGAACCUAGAGGACUGCUCCCCAUCCCUGAGCGUCAGCACCAUCCAGGGGGACCCUGGGUCCUCGGGGGCAGACACCUUCUGAGCCAGUGAGACCAGCAGGGCACAGUGAGAUUUCACUCUGGUCAGAACCGUCUCUCCGACUAUCUUGGUCUUUGAGCAUAUUCUGGAGAACAUUUCUAAUUUUUUAUUGAAAGUGAAAAACAUAAUUUGGGUUUUUAGGCAAAGUUUUUUGAAUGAAAUAAAUAUGAACCAUCGUGAGUCUG